AAUGGAACGGUUCGUGUUUGCAGCGCACUCGUAAGACCGAAGCGUCCGACUUUUCUCCCAGUGUGUGUUUUAAGUUCAUAAAAAACCUAUUUUUAUAACCGGAAAAUAGCGCCAUUGUCAAGUUUCUCGGAAUCACCAGAUUCCAAGGCUUUCAAAAGUGCCAACAAAAAGUGCAAAUCCAUAAGUUCUCAAAACAAUAACCGUGAAAAACGGAUAUAUCGUUAAUAAAUAACUAAAAAUAAGUGUGAUUUAAAUCAAAUAACGAAUCUAAGUUUUGUAAAACCAAAAGGCAAUAGCAAAGAAAACCACAAGAAGUGGUUAACCCUAACCAAUAGUUACUGUACUAAAGCCAAAAGAUUCGGAAUAUGUGCAAACCGAGUGAAAGUGUCUAAGAAAAUAGCAACAAAGAAUAAAUCCAAAAAGAAAACCCCCCUGGAGCACCACGAUCCCACAGAUCUCCCGUCAUGAGCUCUUUCCUCAUGGGUUACCCGCAUGCUCCACAUCAUGUCCAAAGUCCCAUGUCCAUGGGCAAUAGCCUGGACCCCAAGUUUCCGCCGGUGGCCGAUGACUAUCAUCACUACAACGGACACUAUUCGAUGACCGCUUCCACGGGCCACAUGAGCGGAGCCGUCGGCGGCGGUGGAGUGACAGGUGUUGGGUCGGUGGGCGGUGGUGGAGCCGGUGGGAUGUCGGGACAUCCGCAUGCCAUGCAUCCGGCGGACAUGGUCAGCGACUACAUGGCCCACCACCACAAUCCGCACAGCCACUCCCAUUCCCACACCCACUCGCUGCCGCACCAUCAUAGCAAUAGUGCGUUGUCCGGACACCACCAGCCAUCCGCCGGCGGUUAUAGCUCCAACUACGCCGCCGCCACUCCGCCCUCACAUCCGCACUCGCAUCCGCAUGCCCAUCCGCACCAGAGCCUCGGCUACUACGUACACCACGCCCCCGAGUUCAUAUCCGCCGGAGCGGUGCACUCGGAUCCCACGAACGGUUACGGCCCGGCGGUAAAUGUUCCAAAUACCAGCAACGGCAGUGGAGGCGCUGGAAGCGGAGGAGUGGUCGGAGGUGGAUCAGUGGGUGGAUCGGCAAAUGGAUACUACGGCGGAUACGGCGGGGGCUAUGGGGCAGCCAACGGCAGUGUGGGCAGCACCCACUCCCAAGGACACUCGCCACACUCUCAGAUGAUGGAUUUGCCCCUGCAAUGCAGCUCCACGGAACCGCCGACGAACACGGCGUUGGGAUUGCAAGAAUUGGGCCUAAAACUAGAAAAACGCAUUGAAGAAGCUGUACCUGCCGGCCAGCAACUGCAAGAGCUGGGGAUGCGAUUGCGCUGUGAUGACAUGGGAUCCGAAAAUGAUGACAUGUCGGAGGAGGAUCGGCUCAUGCUGGACCGAUCUCCAGACGAACUGGGCUCCAACGACAACGACGACGAUCUGGGCGACUCAGACAGCGAUGAUGAUCUGAUGGCGGAGACGACCGAUGGCGAACGGAUCAUCUACCCCUGGAUGAAGAAGAUCCAUGUGGCGGGAGUGGCCAACGGAUCCUAUCAGCCGGGCAUGGAGCCGAAACGCCAACGCACCGCCUACACACGCCACCAGAUCUUGGAGCUGGAGAAGGAGUUCCACUACAACCGCUACCUGACGCGUCGCCGGCGCAUCGAGAUCGCCCAUACGCUGGUCCUGUCGGAGCGGCAGAUCAAGAUCUGGUUCCAGAACAGGCGCAUGAAGUGGAAGAAGGACAACAAGCUGCCCAACACCAAGAACGUGCGCAAGAAGACGGUGGACGCCAACGGCAACCCAACACCGGUAGCCAAGAAGCCCUCCAAGCGGGCUGCCUCCAAGAAGCAGCAGCAGUCGCAACAGCAACAGCAGUCGCAGCAGCAGGCGCAGCAGACUCCGGUGAUGAAUGAGUGCCUUCGCUCUGAUAGCUUAGAGAGCAUUGGUGACGUCAGCUCGUCCCUGGGCAAUCCUCCCUACAUACCGGCGGCACCUGAGACGGCCAAUUCGUAUGCGGGAUCUCAGCAGCACCUCCUCAGCAGCAGCAACAACAACAACAAUGGCAGCGGCAAUAACAAUAACAACAACAACAGCAACAGCAACCUCAACAACAAUAACAAUCAAAUGGGUCACACGAACCUGCAUGGCCACCAUCAGCAGCAGCAGCAGCAGCAAUCCGAUCUCAUGACCAAUCUGCAGCUACACAUCAAACAGGAUUACGAUCUGACGGCCCUGUAGGAGCGGCAGGGUGAUCCUCAAGAUGACUUCGGCAUUGUAAAUUAGCUAUCCCUAUCAUUCUUUGUAGUAUUUUGUUUUCCAUUUCGAAUCAAUGGCCUUGCUCUGGCGGCAAGGUUAGAGACAAAUCGGAGUAUACAGUGAACGUAGUUAGUUAAGGACCGACCAUUAGGUAGACAACCCCCAACCCUCUCCUUAUAAACUUGUAAUUCCCAUCUCCCACCACACAAAAUGUUGUAUAUGAGUUCUACUUAAGCACCUUAGGAUCCAGGUUUAAGAGUUUGUAUAAAGCCUAGAACGAUUCGUCAUAGCUAUUAAGUGGCAUCGCACUUAGCUCUAGAAUUGCCUAUUUGUAUGAUUAUAAUAAUUAUAAUUAUAAACAAUUAUAAAUAAAUACCAUUACGAAUGUAGUUGGCAUCUGUUGUGCGUCUCUAGAUGUUUGUAAGUUCGUACUUAUAUUUUAUGGAUACAAAUAAAACCGAAAAGCGA